CCAAUCAGAUCAGACCAUCUGUAAACAUGGCGUCUGACUGUCGUUGGCAAUGUGUAGCGCUCCUCUUUUGUACUUGUUUGCUUUAUUCUUUGGCGACUGACAGUAAGGAGAAGCCCAAGAAAAAGAAGGACAUAAGAGACUACAAUGAUGCCGACAUGGCUCGUCUUCUUGAACAGUGGGAGAAGGAUGACGACAUCGAGGAAGGUGAUCUUCCAGAGCACAGGAGAGCUCCUCCUCCCGUCGACUUCUCCAAGAUUGACCAGUCCAAACCUGAAGAUCUGCUCAAAAUGUCCAAGAAGGGCCGCACCCUGAUGGUUUUUGCUACAGUGUCGGGGGAACCCACUGAGAAGCAGACAGAGGAGAUCACAAGCCUGUGGCAGGGCAGCCUCUUCAAUGCCAACUAUGACAUUCAAAGAUUUGUGGUGGGCUCCAACCGGGUGAUCUUUAUGUUGCGAGAUGGCAGCCUAGCAUGGGAAGUCAAAGAUUUCCUGCUGACCCAGGAGCGUUGCUUGGACGUAACUGUCGAAGGGCAGGUGUUCCCCGGCAAGGCUGCCAAGAAGGACAACAGCGAGUACAAGCAGGAGAAUGACGCGAACGCCAAGAAGAAGAGCAGAAAGAAGACGGAGAGCAAGAAGGUAGAUUUGGAAGGGAACAGAGCCACGAAACAGGACUUAUGAUGGAGUAACAAAGAGUUGUCUCUUGAUUUGUCCGAGAGGCUGCAGGACCACAUGAGCAGGUUGCGCGGUCAUUUAGCAAGGAACUAAUAAAUCGUCUUGACUGCCGAGCACUUCCAUUGGUGUAUUGUUGAUCGUCAUCUAUGCUUUUGCAAAUACCGUUUUUUUCUGUGUGAUUAAGUCCCAACGGUAGUCACGAAAAGCAGUCUUCUGAGUUGGCAAUGAAGUUUCCCUUCACAUACGUGCAAGCAUGUCAUUUAGUUGACCUUCGGCUCCUGUUCUGUCAAGGACUUUUUGCUCCUGUCCUCCUUCAAGCUGUGUUUAAAAAAAAAAAAAAAAAAAUUAGCUCGCUUGCUUCUUUCCUCUUGAUUUCAGCAAUCCAGCACCCUCAUGCUGGUCUGUGGAGACUGAAUUGAGGCAUGUUUUUCCUCAUUUACUACCAACUUCACACAACAUUUAGACCAGGGGUUACCAGUAUGGUGCCAACAUACAGAGCCGGUAGGUUCUAAGGACCACAUGAGUCGACAGGGGCCCUGUUCUAUCCUCACCAUUGACCUAUUUCAUUUUUGUCUUGCUAAUUUAGCUGUUUUCCCAGCAAAACUGUAUAAAGGAAAAAUAAAAUAAAAGAAAUGAAAUCUG